AUGUGUGGUAUUUUAUUUCGCUUGUCUCACGAUAAUUAUAAUGCUAAUGAUAAAAUAUUUCAAAAAGAUUUAUGGGAUUUAUUAAUUAAUAAGAAUAAACAACGUGGGCCAGAUGAAAUUUCAAAAUUUUCCAAGUCGAUUAAAUUAAUUGAAGAAAAAUCAAUUAUUAGUAAUAGUGAUGAUGAUAGUAGAGGAAAAGUUGAUGAAUUAUUAUUGGAUUUUUUUGGAGCAGUUUUACAUUUACGUGGUAAAGAAUUAACGGAACAACCUUUAAUUAGUGAAAAUCAUGAUAUAUUAUUAUGGAAUGGUGAGAUAUUUGAUGGUUUCAAGAUACCGAAAGAUGAGAAUGACACAAUUCAUCUUUUUAAUUCAUUAAAAGGAAUUGAAAAUGAUGAUGAAUCAUAUAGAAUUCUAAAUGUUUUAGAAAAAAUUGAAGGACCUUAUUCAAUAAUUUAUUGGCAGAAUUCUACAAAAAAAUUGUGGUUUGGAAGAGAUUACUUGGGAAGAAGAUCUUUACUAUGGUAUAAACCAAAACUAUUAUUAAAUAAAAAAGAUGAUUUUAUAUUGACAUCUGUUGGAUGUAAAUUACCAAACAAUUAUCAUGAUGAUGGCGAUGAAAAUCAUUAUUUUCAAGAAGUUCCUGCUGACGGAAUUUAUUGUUUAGAUUUUAAAAAAAUUAUUGAAGCAAAUUCUUCAGAAUUAUUUGAGAAUUAUUUAAUUCAUUAUAAAUGGUAUGAUAAAGAUGAUAAUAAUAAUAAUAAAUUGCCAUUUGGUAGAGUAAAUGACAAAUUACCAAAUCCAGAUGAAUUACCAAGGAUAGACAAUUUACCAGGAUUAUCGAUUCCUGAUAUUUCAAUAGAAAUGGAAAAUGUUAUAAAUAAAUUUAUUGAUGAAUUAAGUUAUUCAGUAUGUAAAAGGGUUGAAAAUAUUCAAGGUUUAGGAGUAUCUACAAAAGAAUCCAAAAUUGCAAUAUUAUUCUCGGGUGGAUUAGAUUGUGUUUGUUUGGCAGCAUUAACUCACAAAUUAACUGGUAGACAAAGUGUUGAAGAAUUAAGAAAAAUUGCGCCUAAUCGUAAAUGGAAUUUUGUAGAAAUUAAUAUUCCAUAUGAAGAAUCAUGUAAAUACAAAUCAGAAAUUUUGGAAUUGAUUUCUCCAUCUGAUACAAUUAUGGAUUUGAGUAUUGCAAUGGCAUUUUGGUUUGCCGUUAGAGGCAAAGGUGCUGAUGAAUUAUUAGGUGGUUAUUCAAGACAUCGUGAAGCAUUUAAGAAAGGUGGCUGGGAAAAUUUAAUUAAAGAGAUUCAAUUAGAUGUUGAUAGAAUAUCAACAAGAAAUUUAGGACGCGAUGAUAGAAUAAUUUCUUCGCAUGCAAAGGAAUCAAGAUAUCCAUAUUUAUCAGCUAAUGUAGUUUCUUAUCUGAACUCAAUUCCAAUUCAUCUAAAGCUUGAUCUAAGAUUUGAAAGAGGAAUUGGCGAGAAAUUGCUAUUAAGACAUGUAGCAAGAAGAUUGGGGUUGAUUGAAUCUAGUAAAUUGUUGAAAAGAGCAAUACAAUUUGGUUCAAAAACUGCUAGAAUGACAAAUGAAACUAAUAAAGAAAAAGAGUUAUUUCCGUAUCCUUUAAAGAAUCUUCUUGAAGCACAGUCACCAUUCUGUAUAAUUUUGUGA